AUUAAUUGAUAAUCAGCAUUAUUAAAAUUAAUAAGAUAUUGAUUACAUUUUAUGACUCUUUUUAUUGAUUACGUAGUCAUUACUAUAUUUUUUAUUUUGUCUAUCUAUUGUUUUAUUUGAAAACAGGUGAAUAAAUGGCUACAAUAUACACAACAAUUAAGGACAUCACUCCAACUACAGAAAGUUGGAAGAUUGAAAUGAGAGUGUUAGAAAAAUCUGGAAAGCAGACAAGCAAGAGUUCACCACUCAAAUAUCAAAAGCUUAUGUUAGCAGAUAAAAAGGGUAAUGAUGUUGAAGCAGUAAUAUUUGACACUGAAAUUGAUGCUAGAGAAAACACUUUGGAAGUGUUCCACACUUACUACAUCAGCAACGCCUAUGUAAAAAAAAACAGCCCCACCUUUCGAUAAAAAGCAAGACUACAAAUAUUCUUGGACAGUGAACUCAAGAACAGAAAUCGAAGAAAUCCAAACAGAAGACAACCAGGUAUCAGCACCAAACUAUGAUUUCAUUCUGUUUAGCAACCUGCAUACACCUAAAGAAUUCAGCAAACCAAUAGGUAUUUACAAUUUAAUUUUCAUAAAUAUAUAUUCCUCAUUGACUAACUAUUUAAUAUUUCAAUUUAUUAGAUAUUUUGGCUAUUGCUCUCAAAAUGAACCCACCAAAAGAAGUCAACACUCCCUAUGAACUACAUACAAUUCAAGAGAUAUAUUUAAUUGAUGAAAGUUGUAGCUUCAAACCAGUAUGUUUGACGAUGUGGGGGCAUAAAGUCCACGAUGAAUGCUUACAAAUAGCAGAAGUAAUCGAAGACAGACCCAUAAUAUUGGGAUCAAAACUAAUUGUUCAAACCAAGAGAGGGUUGUCUCUAUCGUCACGCGACACGAGUACCUUCAAAAUCAAUCCUCAACUCCCAGAGGCAGAAGCACUGAAGGAAUGGGCGGAGAGUAACGAAACAGAAAUUAAAAACGCAAUAGCAAACUGCUUGACAUAUGAAUCUUCUCCAAAAUCUUUUGUUGGAUUACACGAAAUAGUGACUAACAUCCAAAUUUCAGAGUUGACGAAAAAUCUGCAACUGAAUGAGAAAAAAUAUUUUUGGAUUGAGGCGGCAAUAAAAAUAACUGAUACUCUCCAGAAUUUUUAUUACAUGUCAUGUGACGCAUGUCAUAAAAAAAUAGAUUUAUACAAUUGCAAUGAAAAAAUCAUAUGUGACAAGCCAACAUGCGGCCAAGAAGGAUUUCCUACACCACGUGCUAUAGCAUAUGUUGAACUUGAUGACAAUACAAAGAGCCUAUCUACUGUCAUGUUCGCAGAUAUUGUGGAAAAAAUAUUUUCGUAUAAUGCUGCUCAACUAAUGAAAUAUACUAAUAUAUUGCAAACACUAAGCUUUCUUAAACACUAUAAUAUUUUUAGUUUAUUUUUGGAUUAACUUAAGAACAUAUUUAAAUCAUUAAGCUUUCUUAAACACUAAUAUAUUGCAUUCAGUAUUUAAUAAUAAUCUCACUUUCAAAUAACAUAGAAAAAACCUAGCAUAAAAUUUAGUAUACGUGCCUCGCACGUAGUUUUU